AUGGAUUCAAUUUUUGAAGGUCGUCCUAAUCUUUUGGCAGGGGAAAAUGCUUCUCAACCUUUAAAUGGUAUAAUCAUUUGUUGUACCAAUGUCCCGGAUGAAAAGCGCACAGCAUUAAAUGGCCAGGCAGAACAAAUGGGAGCCAGUAUUCGAGCCGAUCUCACAGUCGAAGUUACCCAUCUUAUCGUUGGACAUUGGGAUAGUCCAAAAUAUCAUUAUGUUGCCAAAUCUCGACCGGAUGUUCGACCGAUGACUAUGGAUUGGAUUGUGUCAGUUCGGGACCUUUGGGUGAAGGACCAUGACAUAGACAUGGAAUUUUUGGAACGACAACAUACAUUACCGACCCUUGCUUCCCUCAAAAUUAGCAUGACCGGCUGCGAUGACACAGCAGAGAGGCAGGAUAUCGGAGAAAAGAUCAAAGCAAAUGGGGGAGAUUAUGAUGGGAAUUUGACGAAACAGAUCACACAUUUGAUAUCAUUCCGAACGGAGGGCAACAAAUACAAGGCAGCGAAGAGUUGGGGCUUACGGAUAGUUUCUGUUGAGUGGUUAUUGGAUAGUCUGGAACGAGGAAUGAUACUGAAUGAGAAAUACUAUGAUCCUUCCUUGCCAAUGGACGAAAGGGGCAAAGGUUCCUGGGACAAAGACAAACUCAAGAUAAGUUUGUCGAAGAAGAGGGCUAGGGAAGAGACUAUAUCUGGUGCCGAGGAGGGCAAGAGGAAAUUACGCAGAAAUGCGAGUACAAAAUUGAACAAUCAAAGUCAAAGUAUAUGGGGUGAUAUCGUUGGUAGUGGUAAUAAGGUCCAGGUGUCGCGGAGCGGGAUUUGGGAUACCAGGGAUAGCUUUGGGCCAGCAGAAAACGAGCAACCCGAAAAAAGCAAAGAAAUGAUACCGCCCAAAGCUGCAACCCUUGACCUUAUUCAGGAACCGAACCAACCAGUGGGUGGAAUAUUCCAUGAGUGUCGGUUUUGGAUCCACGGGUUUUCUGCUAAGCAUAUACAAAUAUUGGGAACCCAUCUCAUUGCACGUGAUGGUAAAGUGCUUGAAAAUGGGUCUGAUCUGAAUGCUCCGGAUUUAAGGAAACGGACUUAUAUGAUUGUGCCAUCUCAUAUGCCACCCUCAGAAUAUCCCAACUCAAGUUCAGAAGUUGAGGUAAUUACCGAUUGGUGGGUAGAACGAUGUUUGCACCUCAAAAGAUACUUUGAACCCAAGGAACAUGUUCUAGGGCGACCUUUUCCUAAAUUUCCUAUAGAAGGGUUUACUGGCCUGAAAAUCUCAUCGGCAGCAUUCAUCGGCAUUGAUAUUCUUCACGUAAAGAAAGCCACGGAAUUAUUGGGGGGUACAUAUAGCGAAGACAUGACUCCACAAUCCUCGGUUCUCGUCACAAAAUCUGUAGUGAGUCUUCGCAAAGACAAGCUAGAACACGCUCAAGAAUGGAAAAUCCCAAUCGUCACCGCAGAUUGGCUUUGGGAUUCCAUUGCGUCAGGAACCAGGUUACCAUUCGCCAAAUACAGAUGCAGAGCCACGAAACACCCAGCUUCAGCACCUAUCUCAAAGAAAGAAUCAAUACCAAGACACGUUAGCAAUCCAGAAAUAACGGGCAGCGAAAACACAACACCGAAUUCAAAAUCAAGUACACUCCCCUCACGAUCCUCGUCCAAACCACAACGCAUCGCAACUCUAGACGAAAGCGCUUUUGCACCCCUAGAAUCAGACUCCACCCCAAUAAAAGACGAACAAGCUUCAGUUCCCCUCCCCAUCCACCUCGAAGCCGAGUCAUCAGAACUUACCCCUCCUCCCCCUUCCAAAUCCGAACCGCUCUCCGAAAUUCCCCUUAACUCGCACUCUACAAACCCUACUCCGACCAACAACUCUCAUUCCACUUCUUCAUCUACUGCGGGAAUCAAAAUCCCCGAAGAAGAUUCCAUCGACGUUAGCUCCCUCCUCGCAAGAACUAAACGUCCCUCCUGCUCCUCCAUCUCCAUCUCAAAUGGCAUAGGAAUAUCCACCGAUCCACACUCCAAACGCCCCCGCCAACCUCGCGGUAAAGCAAUCAUGGGCCGCGCCCUCUCCAACGUCUCCACCGCCUCCCUCGCUUCCUCUGUAGAUUCCACUGCUACAACCGGCCACGCGGUAAUCUAUCCUCCUCCCCAAGGCUCCUCCAAUGAAUAUCAUAACGAAAGUCAAGACGAAAUCAACAAAUUCAUGAAUCUCCAAGGCGACCGAGAAAAAAUCGCAGAGGAGAUGCCACCGGCUACGCAGUUGGAAUAUUUGGAUAAAAAGGGUGAGGAGUAUGGUAUGAUGGUCCAAGGGAUCAUGGAGGGCAAGGAAAAGGAGGCGAUUGAGAGGGAAAUGAGUGUGGUGAGGGAAAAGGAGAAGGCGAAGAGGGGAUUGGGGAGGAACGGGACGAUUGGUGAUUUUUCGAAUAGCGGGGUGGGGAGGGGAAAGGAGGGUACGGGGACGAGAGCGAGUGUGAGGGUAAGGAAGGGGUAG